UAUAUGCAAAAAAUGAGGUACUUUUGGCAGAUUCUUGAACAUUGAAAAUAUGAAAAAACAAAGGAAGUUGGCUGUCUGUUGCUGUUUUGUUUUACCAGUUGUUAGCACUUUCUAGUUGUAAGAAUUGUUUUUGUUUUGUUGUUCUUUUCGGACAGCAAAAGAUAGCUGCUUAGCUUUUAAUACACACACCAAACCAGUGCUUAAUUGCUCACAUGUCAGUGGAAACGGGUUGUUUGUUGUGUUGUGUAAUCAGUAAUGUACAACUGCAAGAACAUGCCAAUCUCUCACUCUCACUUCUGCCAGAAUUAUUCACACAACUUAUUAUUAUUGUUCUUGUUCUCUUAUUCUUUCUACCCCUUUCAUCAGAGGAAAAAGAUUGAUCUUUCUUCCUUCACGCAUGCUUCGUUUCAUGGCACCAACCUCAUUUUUGGGCUUUUUAAGGAACCAAUGUCCUUAUUUCUUGUUUAUUGCUUGCCUCUCACUCUUUCUGUUUGUUGGGUCUCCGUCUUUGAUCUAACCCCUUUUCUUGAAUUUGUCUGAGUGAUUUGAGUCACUGUAAAGGAAGGAUUUCUGGGUCCUCCUCUUCUUUUUCUUUUGCUUGUUUUGAUUCUGUGAUCUACAAUGUCCGCACUGAGACUGAGUUGAGGGGUUUCUUGAGAUUGGUUUCUGUUUUAUGUGGGAUGGAAGUGAUGAUGCUGCAAGUUCUUGGAUUGGUGCUUAAUGUCUGCGCCGUUGUUUGUUCGUUGCUGGUUCAAGGAUCUGCUGUUCCUCCUACCGGAGUAGGAAUACCAGGCCAUAUGUAUAACUUUGAUGUGUUCAUCACUGCUGCGCCUACUCCAGUACCUCAACCCAAUGGUUUGCAGCCUCCAAUCGUGAUGGCUCCAUUCACAUCUGCACCAGUUCCUCAAACACCAAAUGAUCUCCCGUCUUCCACGUCUCCCAGUCCUUUAACAUCACCUCCAAAUCUUUCUGUUCCACUACCAACACCUACUCAGAACUCUGCUCCAUCAAGGCCACCCAUUCCUUCUCCAGAGGGGCCUCAGCAUUCUGACCACCCUCCAUUUACAGCACAAGCUCCGGCAUCUCUCACAUCACCUUCAAGCAGCUCAUCAUCAAGCAAGCAAACGCACCCAAGAAUGCCGGAAUUGAUGCCGCCAAAAUCUCAUCAAACUAAAGCACCUGUUAAUAGUCCUCCUCAAUCUGAAAUUGCCCCAGCACCAAAUCUGCAUGCUCCUAUGGGAAAGCCGGAAUCUCCACCACCCUCUCACUCAGUUUUGGCAGACCAACCACCUUCUCUUCCUCCUGAUGGGUCUACACGUCCAGCAUUGCCCGGAAAUUUUCCACCUGUCACACCAAUUCUAAAUGAACCUCCAGCCAGUCCUCCAGAACGAAAUGCUUCUCCUGUGUUGGCACGUCCUCCAAGCAUAAGUAAGAAAACAGCUGCUACGCCAGUUGCAGCACCGGCAAAUAAAACUGCCCAUCAUUCUGCACCUGUAAGCCAGUCCCCAACCGAAGCUCCUACUGCAAGCAACUCCUUGGGGCACCCUGAUAAUGCUCCCCCUCCUCAUCGAUUUUCAAAGUCAACUCCAGAGUUUCAUUCCCCAAUAAAGCAGCAUCAUGCAAAGGUCUAUAUGAUUACUCCUGCCCCAUUGUCACAUGUGAUUCCUCCAACCACAGGCUCAUCUGCAUCUGCAUCCCCGAUUGCUUCCCCAAUUCCUUCUUCAGAUAAUAAUUAUCCUCCUGUACCAGCUCCACCUCCAGUACCUCCAUCUUGGCAAGCUAAAAUUCCCCCUCUCUCCCCCAAAAAGUUUCCCUCUGGGUCAUCACCAAGAAGUCCCAAAAUGCCGCUGUCGCCUCCGUUGCAAGCACUACCACCUCCACCUCCACAUAAAGAUUGCGCCCCCCUAACAUGCACCGAGCCAUUAACGUAUGGUCCGGCUGAAUCUCUUUGUCUCUGCGUGUUGCCAAUACAAGUGGGCCUCCGCCUAACUGUAGCAUUGUAUACCUUCUUUCCUUUGGUUACGGAACUAGCAGCUGAAAUUGCUGCUGGAGUAUUUAUGAAGCAAAGCCAAGUUCGCAUCAUGGGAGCAAAUGCAGCUGGAGAUAAUCCAGAGAAGACCAUUGUCCUUAUUGAUUUGUUGCCCCUUGGAGAAAAAUUUGAUGAUACUACAGCAUAUUUAACAUUUCAGAGAUUUUGGCAUAAACAAGUGCUUAUCAAAACUUCAUUGUUUGGUGUUUAUGAUGUAUUAUAUGUGCGAUACCCAGGUCUCCCCCCAUCUCCACCUUUACCUCCGUCGACCAUUGGCAUCAUAUCAAGUAAGCCAUAUCCUGGUCAUGACAAUAAUGCAAGGACAAUGCAGCCCCUCGGGGUCGACAUAAGUCAGAAGCAGCAUAACCAUGGGCCUAGCGGAAGCAUACUAGCCACCAUAAUCUUAUCUUGUUUAGUAGGUGUAUUGUUACUGUCUGCUGUCGCAUGGCUUUUGCUCUUCAGAUAUAGACACUGUGGUUUCCAACCAGACCCUACUCCAACCACUAUGAUCGGUUCCCUCGCAAAGUCAUCAGGGAUACCAGUGUCUAUGGUUGGAAGCGGGCCUAGUUCUCCUUCAUUCUCCUUAGGUUCAAGCAUUGCAGCUUAUACGGGCUCUGCAAAGACAUUUAGUUCAAGUGAUAUAGAGAGAGCAACUGAUUUCUUCAACGAGACAAGAAUACUUGGCGAAGGUGGCUUUGGCCGUGUUUUUAGUGGUGUGCUUGAAGAUGGGACUAAAGUUGCAGUGAAGCUACUCAAAAGAUAUGACCAACAAGGUGGUCGUGAAUUCUUGGCUGAAGUUGAGAUGCUCAGCCGACUUCAUCACAGAAAUUUGGUCAAGCUUAUUGGUAUAUGCGUAGAGGAUCGCACACGCUGCUUAGUUUAUGAACUAAUACCAAAUGGUAGCGUAGAAUCUCAUUUACAUGGUAAGAACUUUUGGCUCUUCGGUUACUGCCUGCCACCCCCACUCCCCUGCAAAUACAUGAUAUUCGUCUACUUGUCUUCAGGCUCUGACAAAGAAAGAUCUCCGCUUGACUGGAGUGCUCGGCUAAAGAUUGCACUCGGAGCAGCUAGAGCUCUGGCCUAUCUGCAUGAAGAUUCAAGCCCCCGUGUCAUCCACAGAGACUUCAAGGCCAGCAACAUCUUAUUAGAAGAUGAUUUUACGCCAAAAGUAUCUGAUUUCGGUUUAGCACGUGCCGCAUUGGAUGAGGAGAACAGACAUAUCUCAACCCGCGUCAUGGGAACCUUCGGGUAUGUGGCUCCAGAAUAUGCAAUGACCGGACAUCUUCUCGUGAAAAGUGAUGUUUACAGCUACGGCGUAGUCCUUCUGGAACUCCUCACUGGAAGGAAACCAGUAGACAUGUCUCAGCCACCUGGUCAAGAAAAUUUAGUUUCUUGGGCACGUCCGCUCCUAACAAGUAGGGAAGGUUUGGAGUCGAUCAUUGACCAAUCCUUGGGACCUGAUUUCCCUUAUGAUAGUAUAGCAAAAGUAGCUGCUAUUGCUUCAAUGUGCGUUCAGCCAGAGGUAUCACAGAGGCCGUUUAUGGGUGAGGUGGUUCAGGCCUUAAAACUGGUGUGUAGCGAGAGUGAUGAAACGAAAGAACUGCUGUCUAGAAGUUCUAGCCAUGAGAAUUUGUCUAUAGUUGUGGAAGCUAAGAAUAAUAGAGACUCAGACCAGCUGCCAGCUCCUUUACUAUCUCCAUCGACAGUCUCUGACUAUGAUUAUCAGCUCGACAUUGAGAGAGAUCUUUCUAUGUCUGAGCUAUUGAGUUCCUCUGCAAAAUUCGGCACACAAGACUCUGAGUCUUUUAGGAGGCAUUCUAGCUCGGGACCUUUGAGAACGGCCAGAGCAAAGCCACUAUGGAAGAAGAUGAGACGGUUAUCUGGGGGCAGCGUGAGUGAGCAUGGGGUGCUGUUCAAACUCUGGCCUGGAUCUCAUUAGCAUGGAUGCUUAAAUCUUGCAGUUUUCUGGAUGUUGUUAGUGCAAGAAAACAGUGAAAUAUUGCCAACCGGUAAGAUCGUUCUACACUUAGAGUUGGGAACGCGGAUGAGGUCUAAGCAGGUGAGCACAGUUGCUAGUACACGAGCAUGCUCAGCCGAGAGUUGUUGGGGAAGAUGCUGAAUUGGGCUACCGUUGCCCAGAUUGCAGUAGAAGGUAUGCUUCGACGUACAAUCCCUCUGCUACCUCAAUUUCGCGCAAGUUGUUGAUUGAUUGUAUUCUUUGUGUAAUCUAAAUGUACAGAAAAUAUUGUACCUAUUAUCCAUUUCUAGAAAGGAGGAUAUGCAACUCAUGCAAAGAUGCAUUCCUCAUUGCAAAACUAUUACGUACGCAUAUCUGUAGCGAGAAAUUUUACGAUAUCUACGUAAGUACUUGUGAAACACUGAGUCGGAAUGCCCUAACAUCGUAGGGCAAAAUGCGGAAACUACUAUAUAUGUAUGAUCAAACUAUUUCUGGGUUGUAUUAACUCUCAUUGUCUUCAUCUUUAUUCAAAUACGCGCAAUUGAUUUUA